AUGUAUGGUCCUAUUUGUCGCCCCAGACGUCAGGGAGGGCGCACGCACCUCUUCCUCCCUCCUCCUCCUCGACGGUACACAAGACGCUCAAGUCUAAUAUCGGGAAGUGCACCAACCUGUUUUACCAGAGUUAGUACAUUCUUCUUUCUGAUCGCGUCGGUGUUCGCCGAGUUCACCAAGAGCGGUAAUGGAGCCAAUUGGGCUCUUUGCGCAAUUCGACAAGUAGUUGACCAUUCAUCGUCUCUGAGCAGCGUCUCGGUGUCGGAGUGGACUACGCCAGAUGGUUCAGCUGAGAACCCCAAGAACCCACUGAUGACUCCUCCUCCAGCGGGUUAAUUGCUUGGAAUAAUAAAUUUAACUGAAG